AGCCGCCGAGGCCGGCGGGCGGGCGCGGCCAGGCGAUUUAUGCCGCCCGAUCCCGAUCCGUCCGUGCAGCGCCACCUCGGUCGUUAAUCCCCUACCCCCACAGGCACCCGCCCCCACCGCGCACCGCCGCUUCCUUCAUAAUCGCACGCCACCUCUCGCCGCCAGCUCGCCACCAACUCUGCCCGGCCCCGCGUCCCUGGCUGCCUGCCUGCCUGCCUGCCUGCGACCAAGAGCGGAGGCCGGGGGCUCGGGGAGGAGGGAACGAUGGGCAACUGCCAGGCGGCGGAGGCGGCAACGGUGGUGGUGCAGCACCCGGGCGGCCGCGUCGAGCGCCUCUACUGGGCCACCAGCGCCGCCGAGGUCAUGCGCGCCAACCCGGGCCACUACGUCGCGCUCGUCACGCACCGGCCGGAGGGGGAGGGGGAGGAGCGGCGGGGCGCCGCGCCGCGGGUGACGCGGGUGAAGCUGCUCAAGCCCCGGGACACGCUGGCGCUCGGCCAGGCGUACCGACUCAUCACCGUCGCCGAGGUCACCAGGGCACUGCAGGCAAAGAAGGAGGAGAAGACACGGAGGGCGCAGCAGCAGCUGGUGCUGAUCCAGCCCAAGCACGCCGGAGGGAGGCCCGGCGCCGGUGAUGACACACAGCCGCCGCCGACGCAGCUGGUGGAUAACGACCAUGAUCAGGGACGGCCACCGGAGCAAUCCGAGCUCGGCGGCGCACUCCGGCGCCAGGCAUCGCCAUUGGCGCCCUUCUCUGCACAGCAUCGCCGAAUUCAGCAGCUGAUGUGACAAAGAUCCGUAUCCGGUGAACAAUUCGCGUUCUAGAGUCCAUCUUCGUCAGACUUCAGCCUUCCUGCAGAGGAACCGUGUCGAUGCGACAACCGGUUGGUUCGUCAGACCCCGACCCUCGUCAGUUCAAAGCAAACGAGCACUUGUUCGGAAAAGGGGCUCCUAGUUAGCAUCGAGCACUUGUUGUAAGAUAAAAGAAGCGGCAGAUCUUGCUCAGGUCAUUUUAGCGAGUCUUAGAUCGGUGUUGGGAGCUGGGACACACUCUCCCUCUGAAAAUGCUGAAAGGAAAGAAAGAACAGUAGUGCCCUGCAGUAGUGCUGUGCUGUUAUAUAUUCAGACAUGCCGCAAAGUACAUCCCUUUCUCAGGUGUACAGCUUUUGAUCGAGGAUCUUGUCAUC